AUGGCUCGGAAGAAGCAGGUUGCUAAAACUACAGCUGCUAAAGGAAAACGGAAAGUUAAGGACAUUGAGGAGACUAAAGAGAAGCCAGCAAAGAAGCUCAAGCCUGGUGUUGCCAAAAAGAAUGCCAAAAGUAAGGCCAAGACGAAGACUAAGGAGGAGGCUAAGGAACCUAAGGUAUCCAAGACCUCUGAACUAGCCGAUUUUAACAGUGAUUCUUUGAAUAGUUAUGAAGACUUUGUCGGACAUUUAGGCGACUGGCAAGAGCCUUUGGUUGACUAUCUAGCCAGUGGGAAUUUCAGGACUAUCUAUGAGUACGUCAAGGAGGAGUAUGACUCAACUCUUUGUUUCCCUCCAAAAGAGUUGAUCUUUAAUGCUUUUCAGAAGGCUAGUUUUAAGAACACUAAAGUGGUUAUUGUAGGCCAAGAUCCAUAUAUUAAGGUGAACGAGGCUAUGGGAUUAUGAUUCUCCAUCCCAAAGACGACUAAGUGCCCUCCCUCUUUAAAGAAUAUUUAUAAGGCUCUGAAGAAGGAUAACAAGGUUGACUUUAAGGAGCCAUCUCCAGUUCAUGGAGACUUACAGAGUUGGGCUGACCAAGGAAUCUUAAUGCUCAAUGCUGCUCUGACAGUGAGAGCCGGCAAGAGUUUCUCCCAUGCAAAGUCAGGCUGGCUGAAAUUUACUAACGAGGUCAUCAACGCUAUCAAUGAAGAGAAAGAAGGAGUCGUCUUCCUAUGCUGGGGAGGGAAGGCACUUGAUAUUUGUAAAGGAGUUGAUCGCACCAAGCAUCAUGUGCUUACUUAUGGGCACCCCUCACCUCUAGCACAGAAGUUCCAGAAGUUUGAGGAUUGCACGCAUUUCUCAGAGACAAACGAGAUCCUAACUAAACAAGGAAAUGAGCCAAUAGAUUGGAAUCUGAAUUAAGAGAGCGGGUAUUU